AAAAUGGCUCUAACUAUUCUUCCCACAUUUCCUUUCAUUGAGUACUAUGCAAUAUGCACAUCAUCAUUUUUCUUAGAUGAAUAUUGUGCCUGUAUAUGUUAGCUAUAUUUUUUAUCUACGUGUAACUAAAAUUCUUCACAUGAUCCCAACCAAAUUUAAUUUUAAUUUUUCAAUUAGAACAAAUAGCUAGAAAGAGGGAAAAAAUGGAGAAUAGUUCAAUGAAAAUUGGAGUCAUGACUGUUUUUGCUGUUUCUGGAAGCAUGGUUCUUUUGAUUCAUCAAGUUCAUAAGCAUAUGCUCAAGAAUUUCAUGGAGAAAUUUGAAGUCGAAAUUUGUGGUUACACACCACAUGAUGAGCAUAAAAGCUUGGAUGAAUCUCCGAAGAAACAUCAAAUAAAGAAGAAGGUGCGGUUCGCUGAGUAUGUGUUGGUAUUUCCAAUAGAAAAGACACAACAUAUUAUGAAGGAUGACAAGGUUUUAGUUGGAGAAAGGGUUCAAAAAUGUGGGUGUCAGGAAUUGAAAGAUAUCAUGCCAUAUACUAAUAAUAUGUAUAGGGGAAUUUUGAAACAUAGAAAUUGA